UCUCUUAUGUGUGAGUCGCCGGAGCUCCCUCAGCCUGCUCCUUACCACCUGUCCUUGACUUAGACGAGGCUGAGAGGAAGCCGUGCUGCUCGCUCCUCCCUCUGGCUCCUCUCUGUCUGUCUUCAUGUGAGCAGCUGCAUUUUUUUUCUUCUUCUCCUGGCUGUUUCUUUCUACCUGUGGUGCUUCAGUGGAGAGACGAAGAGAGGAGCGUUUGUCCUCGGCCGGUGGAGCUCUGAUGGGAGGCAGUGCUGGCUCUGGCUGGGACUGGGGAUGCUGAACAGAGGGAGGGAGGGCCUGUUUGAGCUGGGACAGCAGCUCCAGCAGCAGGGGGAGUAUCAGGCCGCCCUCCACUGCUUCCUCAGCUGCCUGUUGGGACUGACCCAUGUGCAGAGCUUCACCUCUCUUCCCAACUGUCUACACCAGAUCGCAGAACUCUUCAUCACUGAAAAGAACUAUGGGAAGGCCCUCCAGUUCAUCCAGGCUGAGAAAAUGUUCUAUGAGGUGGCAUUGAUCGAGCUCACGGCGCUUCAGGGGAGCACAGGGCCUCAGGAGGAGGCUACGCUGGGCUCUGCAGGAUGGACAACCCCAGAGGAGCUUUCGGAGCAGGCCUCCCAGGCACAGCACCUCGAACGGCUGGCCCAGCUCUGCAUCAUGAGCAAACAACCUCAUCUUGCUCUAGAAUACAGCGGUAAGGCUGCAAAGAUCCACCAGAGGGCCUUUGGUAAUGACCACCCAAUUACAGCCAGAAGCCUGGAGCUUAUGGCCACCGUCUAUGCUGAGAUCGGCAAGACUGAAUAUUCAGACUCCCUGGGUCAGUGUGUGUCUGCGCUGUCCAAACGCUUCGCUGCUGCAGAGUCCAUCAAAGACACCGUCAACUGUCUUCCUCAUUCCCACCGGGAGAAACACUCAGAGGUCCGCCACAGAAAGGACACCCACCACCAACAGGAGGACGCACCGAAACCUAAGGUUACCAAUGGCAAAGUCCCCCCCUCCAUCCUUAAGAGGCCAAGUCCCAACUACGGGUCAGACACAGAACCCAACCACAGACGAAAAGGCGAACGCAGGGUUCGAUUCAGGGAGCCAGAGACCACAGUACAUGACAUUCCUUACUGUGACUGUUUAGGUGCCUAUGAGACGACACCGUCCCGUCCCCACCUCGCCCUCUUCACAUGCCUCUUCCUGCUGAUGUCAUUCCUGGGUGUGGCGAUGUACUGCACAGACCGGCGGCGCCCACAGCGCGUGUGUGAGGAGCUGGAGGCAGCGCUGGCUGUCUACCUGCUGCAUAUGAAACAGCUGCUGUGGGGCUGCUGGAUCUGGCUGACCAUGCAGUGACUGGGACCGACCACAGGUGGAGACAUAGAGCCUCCUUUAUUUUUUUUUUUUUUCAGAGCCCUCUUUUUUCCUAUCUCUUAGGGAGCCGGGGCCUACAAACACCUCAGCCAUUCGGUAAGGCUCUUUGCACUGUCUGUGGUGUUGAACCACUCUGGCAGUGAAAAAAGGGAAAAUGUGUAAUCCCUGAAAUAUGUAGCUUCCAUGUCUGUAUGUACAUAUGUGCUAAAGUGGUUGGCACGCCACUCUUUAUUUAAAUUAUGAUUUUGCACAUCUGCAAUGCUCACAUAUAACGCUCACUUUAAACACCACACCCAUUUGACCUUUCAGUUCAUGUCACAGUCUGUUGUAUGUGAGUGAAUGUUUCCAUGAAAUGAAAAUAUUUAUUUUGUUACAUGAUUUGUGUAUAUCAGAUAUUACACAGAACUGAAUGUGUAUAUACGGUUCAAUAUACUAAGGACUAUCACAAUAUUCAGCCUUGUAAUUGCACAUAAAUGAAUGUAGAGACGUUUGGAGACAGCUUUGAUUGGCACAGCGCACAUUCGAGAAGAGGAGGACGGGAAGCACAAAUGUGUGAACUGUUGGAUAAUGAUCCGUGAGAGCGAAAAAAACACAGGGCUGCAUCACUUCACAGCACCAGGUUGAAUGACUAACGGAUGAAAAACACCUCUUUCUUUACAGACUGUCUGGUCUUCUGUACGACCGGCAGUCUUCAGCUGAUUCCUAGCUCCACUGAGGAGAAAACCUGCAGCACAAUGUUAUGAAUCCUCUCUCCUUAUCUAUCGUCAAAGAGAAUAUACUCGAAACUGAAAGAAUGCUAAAGCUUUUAACAGUGUUCCUCUUUAUAACCGCUUGAAUCCCACAAAAUAUCCUCGACCCCAACUGUUAUUUAUUCUUCUAUACUGUAUAUCUGCAUCUACAAAAAUAUCCGACUUUCAAUUAUUUUAGAUUUUUUAGCUUUUUGUUACCUGUUACAUUUCUAUUUAAAAAACAAUAAUAUUCAGGUUUUAAUCGUGAUGUCAAAUGCUCAUCAAGCUUUGGACAAAGGUAUGAAUAGAUAAAUAUUUGCUAUACAUUUAAAACUUUUUUUUAUCAAGUUAAUUUCUAGAAAUAUGAGGCCAAACACAGACAUAUAACAAUCAGAUUCUGGAGGUUAUUGCAGGAGUCCUUUUAUCAAAUGAAAUUCAAACCACACAAAUGGAUUAUAGGAACAAAAGAGCAUAGUGAUGCACAUCCCACAGACCUCUCAUUAUGAGCAAUAACACACAUCACAUGGUUUCCAGUAAAACAUUUUUCUUUGUAUAACAGGUUUCAGGGAACUCAGAAGGAAAGCGUUGGAUUUUGGAUGUUUGAAUGUCAAAGCAAUAUAACGCUAAUAACACCCAUAUGGAAGAAAGAAACACUCAACUCUGUACUGUCAGACUAAAUCGUCAUUAGCAAUAAAACAGUGAACUCAUGUCCUGCAUAUUAACAUUUAGCUUAAAAGCUGCAUUUCACGGCUGUCCAAACGUUUAUGGUCACUUUGAAAGAAGUGCCUUUUAUGGAGGGUUUUCUUAGUUCCUACCGUUUUAUGAUUUCAGUUCUUUUGAAUAAAAUUGUCAUUGCCUAUCAAA